AUGUUUUCGAAAAUUUGGCUAACGGCAAGCUUCUACUCCUUCUCGCCGUUGCGCGGCAUAUUCUCCCUGCCGGUACAACAGUGGCGAUUGCACCGGAAACUAAUUCAGCCCAGCUUCAAUCUGUCCAUUUUGCAAAGCUUCGUGCCAUUGUUCGAUCAGAAGGUGAACAUAAUGAUCCGAAAUCUGGGUGCAAAAGUGGACAAACGUGAAGCAUUCGAUAUCUACCGUUUCACGGCACGUUGCACUCUGGAUAUGGUUUGCGAAAAGAAAGCAUUGAAAGAAUUCCGUCGUCCUGCAAAGGAAAUUUUACUACGGAAAUCGUCAUCCGAAGACCACGAUGAUAUCAAGUCAACGCAGCAACUAUCCUUCAACAGUCUGGUGGAGCAGCUAUACAGUACGUUCAGAAGGAUUGGACGUGCGAAUCUGGAAGUGAUCGAAAACGAAAUCAACAGUGUAAUCUUUGCGGGCACCGAAACAAGUGCAUCGACCGUGGCCAACACGUUGCUUCUACUCGCCAUGCAUCAAGACGUACAAGAAAAAGUUGUAGCCGAGAUUCGACAACAUUUUGGAGACGAUGAGGAAAACAUUCGUUACGAGAUACUCCAAAAACUCGUUUACCUUGAAAUGGUAGUUAAAGAAUCUCUUCGAUUACUACCGGUCGCUUCGAUCCUUGGGCGCAAUACAUCUCAGGAAAUCGCCGUAGGCAAACACUUAUUGCCCGCGGGUGUUGAUGUUGCCAUCGACGUUUACAACAUUCACCGCAAUCCCACCUAUUGGGGGGCCGAUGCCGACCAAUUCCGCCCAGAACGGUUUAGCACGAAUGAUUACAAUCGCUUUGCGUUUUUACCAUUCAGUGCUGGGUCGAGAAACUGCAUCGGUUUGCGAUACUCCAUGCUUUCCAUGAAAACAAUGCUUACUAAAAUUUUGGCUACCUACCGCGUGGAGACCGACCUGCAGUUGAAGGAUUUAAACAUGAAAAUUGCGUUCACGUUGAAAAUCACCAAUGGACAUAUGGUCCGAUUAACGCGCAGAUAA